AUGGCCGAGGAGGCGACAUACGGACCCGGACCGUCGGGUGGAAGCUCUGAAACCAUCCAAGUAAACAUCAACACUUCGACAGAAAGAGAGGACUUCACCGUGCCAGCAGACUGCACCGUAAAACAGUUCACAGUGCGUGUGUCAAAGCAGUCAGACGUCCCUGCAGAGCAGCUGGCACUGAUGCACUCCGGGCGGAUCCUCAGUGAGUCUGAACUGCUGAGUCAGCACAAAGGACGCGACGGGUCAGUCCGCCUCCGUAUGGUCCUCAGGCCUCCAGAUUCGUCCAGUCCACCUACCAGUAGUCUGGCUUCAGAUACAGACCAGUCAGAAGAGACCCUGCAGACCCCUUCUCCAUCACCUACCUCUCCCUUAUCUCUGGUGGAGGACUUUGGCUGCUUGGGUCUGACUACCAGAGGUCCUGGUUUCUUCUCAGCAGUCCAGCAACAGAUGGAGAAGCAGCUCCUGGCUGACCCAGAGCUGAUGUGCCGUGUGCUGGGCAGCCCUUUGGUGCAGAGCACCUUCUCUCCUUCCACUCCUGAGCUAACUAGACAGCUGGUACUGUCUAAUGCCCAGAUACUGCAGCUCCUACAGACAAACUCAGACGUAGCUGAUAUGCUCAAUAAUCAAGACACCAUUACACAGAUGCUAGAGCUUGCCCAGAACCCAAAUAUGAUUCAGGAGAUGAUCCACAGUCAGGACAGGGCAUUAGGCAACCCACAACAAAUGCAAAGCAACCCAGAGGCUAUCUCUGAUGAUUUCAUCGUCAGACAGAAGAUGGAGACAAAAACAAAGGAACAAAAUCUCAACCCUUUGCUAGUACAGAUGGAAGGAAACCCCUUGGUUACCUCCUCUUCUGGGAAAUCCCAGCCAAUCAGUGGAGAGAGAGAGAAGACUGUUCCCCUCCUCAGCGAUUCGACAGUUCCCCCCAUAGACUUGACUGCCCCACCCACAGCCGACUCCAUACCUCAGAACACCACCACUGGAGGUAUGCAGUCUCUGCUGGAGCAAAUAAUGGCCUCUCCAGAUCUGAUGGAGAACCUGCUUUCUGGGCCCUAUGUGAGCAGUCUGCUGCACAGCCUCAGCCAAAACCCUGACCUGGCUGCACAGAUGCUGUUUAGCCACCCCUUGUUCUCAGAAAAUCCGGAGAUGCAGCAGCAGAUGAGAAAACAGCUCCCUCUGUUCCUACAGCAGAUGCAGAGCCCAGAACUGUUGUCAGCCAUGUUGAACCCCAGAGCCAUGGAGGCUCUGCUACAGAUCCAACAAGGCUUACAGACUCUUGCCUCAGAAGCACCUGCCUUCAUACCUGGGUCCAGGCUGGGAGACAUUGAGACAAAUGCAAACUCUGCCACUGAACUGCCAUUUGACUCACUCCUAAACAACCAAUCAGAAAGCAGUCCUCAGGAUGCCGUACUGACAGAGCAGCAGCAAACGUUUGUUCAACAGAUGUUACAGGCAUUAGCUAAUGCCAAUAAUCAGCCAGGGACAGAACAUUUUGAAGCCCAGUAUAGGGAAAGGUCCAGAAAGAGGAGUGUUAACUUCAACGAUGGGCUGGAUCUGGCUUCAGAGAUGAACAACCUUAAGAUCCAUCCUGAGGAGACCUUUCCACCGUUGUACAAAAUCUGCUGA